AUGCUCGCCCCUCUCGCCUAUCAUGUCUGGGGCGCAGGUGAGCAGCUACCAAGCGCUGACCCGGUCUCUGGUCAAAGUGUCAGUCAGCCGGAAGAGACACUGACAUUGACACUCUGUGUGGCUCGGAGGGAGCGAGCUACUCUGUCGUCGUGCGACGAGCGACUGUGCGAUGCGAGCCAGAGGAGCAUGGCCAGACUGGGGAGACGGCGUCAGCUCUUGCAUACUGUGUGGGGGGCCAGGCCAGCACCGCCCGAGGGCGAGAGCGCGAGAGCACGACAAGAGGAGGGCGGCCAGGCGGAGGUGCUCCCCCACAUCCACAUCUUCAUCUUCCCUUCUCUCCACUCCUCACCACUCUCCCUUCGACUUGACGGGACGACUUCGGGAUCACAGGCAAGCAGCCACUUUGAGCCUCAACUUCGACCGCAUCUCAUCACCCGUAGCGGCGACGAGCCUACGACCGACUCGUGCGGCCUACCUCUCCCCGCAGUAGUUGGCAAGGAAGCCGACACGCAGACCGGCACACGGCCUACAAUACCUGUCGUGAGCUUCCUCGGCCACUACGCUCAAGCUGACUCCCAGUCUCCUCACUCUCCUCUCGCCUCGGACAAUUACGGCGGAGACUCGGAGUACUCGGAGUACUCCAUGGACAUGGGCUGGAGUACCGAGUACAGCCCGAGCGACAGUGGUUCCAACGAGUGGCCGUACUGGACGUCCGGCGGCAGUGGCUCGGAUCAGUCCGCCUCCGACCCCAGCGACGGGAACAACAGCGAGCAGGAGGACGCGGAUCCUGGUGACGAGCACGGAAACGGGAACGGGCUUGCGCCAGUCACGCCUGUCCCCUCGGUUGAAAGCAUCGAUGACCUUCCCGGCCUCUCUCACGAGAACGAUACCGAGACCACUGCAAGCCUCGCGACGGUCGAGAACAGCAACGGGGAGCAGGGCGGUACGGUGAUUGUGGUCCAAAUGCCCACGCACGGCCCCGAGUGGGAUGUCUCGGACGUCGAGGGCGCAGACAGUCUGCCGGCUUACGACGAAGACACGCCUCCCGUGUACGACGCCCACGACGCCGACAGCACUCAGCCUCCGGUCCAGCUUCAAAUCGACGUCCAGUUUACGGCCCAGCCUAGCCCCACCCUGCCCAGGACGACGCACGGCCCCUCGUGUCCCUGUGCCGUGUGUGUGAUGGUCUACGGCCCCCAGACUCUAAACGUCACGCCUCCGCAGCCCUCGGCGGCCGAGCUGGAGGCCGAGCGUCAGGCGCGCGUCGAGCGCUGGCGCGCCGCGCACGCCGACAGCGAUUCGGAGGCUUCCGAGGCCGACGAGACCACGCCCCUGAAUGAAACGGAGGGGCACUGGGGCUACGCGACUGUGGCCGCCAUGAGCCACGAGGAGAACGAGCGCCGCCAGCGCCGCCAGCGCCGUCGCGAGCGCCGUCGUCGCCAGCAGCAGCAGGGGUAUGCACGUGCUUCGAUUCGGCGCUCACUCGAGAUCGCAAACCGCGUGUACGCCGUCAGUGGCCUGCUCGGGAACCGCCGCACGGAGUACUUCCUCGCUCUCUGCUACCUCGACAUCUUCGUCGAGGGCUUCCUGCAGUACGGCGUGCCCGUCCUCGGCAUCUUCUCGGCGCUGCUGUACCUGUGCGGCGUGAGGUUCUGCAACCUCCUCAUCGUGUGGGUCAUGCUUGGGUGCCUCGAGGUGGCCCUCCUAAGGGUCCGCCACGACUCGGGGUGGACUAGCCAAGAGCAUGUCGCCGAAGAGGUCGAGCGUUGCGUAGCGCAAGUGGCUGAGCGCAGGCGCCGCCGCGCCGCCGCUAACGCCGUAUAG